CUUAACCUUAAACACUCCUUAUCAUCCACAACAAUGAAGUCGAUCACAAUCUUGUUGCUCUCAUUUCUUGUCUUUGCCACCUUCACAAACUUUGUGCAUUGCACACUUGAACCACCCGAGUACCCUGAACAAGUACUCGACACUAGGGGAAAGCCCGUUCGAGCUGACACUAGCUAUUACAUUGUCCCGAUAAUGGCAAGAACCGGGGGAGGUCUAGCAUUACGAAGCACAACUCGUAAAUUCUGUCCACUUGGUAUAUUCCAAGAAGUCAAGGAUGACUAUCCGGGAAUCCCAAUAUCAUUUUACCCUGUCAACCCUAAGAAAGGCGUUAUUCGUGUCUCCACUGAUUUGAACAUUGAUUUUCCCAAAAAUCGUGUUCAAUGUGCCAAGUCUAACGUUUGGAAGGUUGAUAGCUAUGAUCAAUAUACUAAAAUGUUCUACAUAGCUAUCGGUGGAGUUAAGGGAAAUCCCGGUCCAAAAACAAUCAAUAACUGGUUUAAGAUUGAGAAAUAUGGGCGCGGCUAUAAGUUGGUGCAUUGUCCAAGUGUUGUACAACACAAAGUGAUGUGCAAAGAUGUUGGCGUUGUUAAAUAUAAUGGACAAAAGCGUCUGGCUCUAAGUGAUGCUCCCUUUGGUGUCAUGUUCAAGAAGGCUUGAAGAGAGGGUUCUUUAGUUUCUGUAUUCCAAUGAAAUAAAAAUAAGUAGCAUAAAUAUGUACUCUCGUGUGUAUGUUUCUCAAUAAAUUUGGAAUGCAAUAUACGCAUCCUCCUAUUAUGUAAUUGUGAUGUCUAA